UGUGAGCGUCAGUAUGGGAUGGAAAGAAUGGGAGGGGAGAAGAACUAAAGUAACGAACAACCCCGAAGCUCCGUAGUCUACCUGCCAGGGUUGAACAGAGAGAGGCAGUGUUUGGGAGAAAGGCUUUUACACAGAGGCAGUGUGUCAGUUCGACCGGAGGAGCAAAACGAGUGGGGGUGCACAAGUUCCUGUGAAGGACAGUGCAGUACCUCAGCCCUUGUGGAGGGGAGAGAGAGAUAGUGUGUGCUGGAGUAAGCCUGGGACAGACGGAGAGAGGCAGAGGGGAGCAUGUGGAAGGAGGGUGAGUCUGAAGGGCUACAGACGCUUGGCAUUGUGGUGGUGCUCUGCUCCUUGCUCAAACUCCUUCACUUCCUGGGAUUCAUCGACUUGAGCGACGACAAGGUGGAAGAUGACUUAGAGAUGACGACGGUGUGUCACCGGCCUGAGGGGCUGGAGCAGAUGGAGGCACAGACCAACUUCACAAAGAGAGAGCUGCAAGUGCUCUAUCGUGGCUUCAAAAACGAAUGUCCAAGUGGUGUUGUCAGUGAAGAUACAUUUAAGCAGAUCUACGCACAGUUCUUUCCACAGGGAGAUGCCAGCAUGUACGCACACUAUCUCUUUAAUGCCUUUGACUCUGCUCACAAUGGAUCUGUCAAAUUUGAGGAUUUUGUGACAGCUCUCUCAAUCCUGCUGAGAGGGUCAGUGAGGGAGAAGCUGAGCUGGACCUUCAACCUGUAUGACAUCAACAAGGAUGGCUACAUUAACAAGGAGGAGAUGACUGACAUCGUGAGAGCCAUUUACGACAUGAUGGGCAAGUACACAUACCCAGCGCUGAGGAGAGACGCACCACGGCAACAUGUCGAUGCCUUCUUUCAGAAAAUGGAUAAGAACAAAGAUGGAGUUGUAACAUUGGACGAGUUCAUGAUGUCUUGUCAAGAAGAUGAAAACAUCAUGCGAUCCCUGCAGCUCUUUGAGAGUGUGAUGUAAGAGGGAGGACGGGCGGUUCAAAGACCAUGAACUUUGUAUUUGAUCCUGAGUCUGGGGCUGAGGCAGGAGUGAACUGGGACCCCCUUCCACCCUGGUGGAGAGCCCAGGACACCGCUGUUUAUUCACGGGGGUGGGGGGCCCUGGACAGACCCUGGAGACUCAGGGGUUGGGUGGGGUGGGGUUGGGGGUUCAGAGCUAGAGGUCUGAGGACUGGAGUCUCCUGUCCCACUUUUUUCUAAUGCAUGUUGUUGUUUUCUCGGUUUGUCAGGAGGACAGGCGUCAUGGGUGAGUGGGUGAGUGGUACUUUCAUUUUUUUUUUCAACUUUUUGUUGCCUAUAGCAAACAAAGAAAUAAAAAAAAAUAAAAAAAAUGCCAAGCAAAAAUCAAGCUAGCAAUCUUGAUUAUGGGCUGCACUGUAAGACAAUCCUACACUGUUCAGUGCUUAGCCAGUUCUUUAAAAUAUACAGCUGAUAUCAGGAUGCCACUUUGUAAUGUUGCUGUGAAGAAAACAGAACAAUGAAAAAGGUAUAGGCAAAUAAUGAGCAACAGGCUGUCGCUUUUCAACUGCAGCAGUUUAAGUGGAAUACUGACUUUCUGACCACUCUGUAUAUAAAGGCAAACAUGAAAGGUUUGCAAUGCCAAAAUGGCUUUGUAGCAAUACUCGUCCUUUAAAACUGUGCUUGUUUUCAAACUAGCUAUAUAAAAUAUUGCAGCUACGGGUAAAUAAAGCCAUUAAAUACUAUUUUACAUUUUUAAAGUCAAAUUGCAAAAUGAUUUUCAAACUUUGUGAAGCAGACAUUGGAACUUAGUAAAUCCUAGCCUUAUUAUGAAGCCCUGUGCUUUAUUUGAUGCCUUAUUAAUGUUAAUUAAUACUGUGCAUUGAGUUUAGGAGCCAGGGCCACUUGGCAGUUACACUGUAGGCUGAUUGUGCAACUACAUACAGUCACAGAGCCGUACUUCUGUCUGACACUCCUGUUUGUUAGCGUCAGUCCAGUUCCUAGUGUGCGCAUAAAAGAACAGCAAAAUAGGCGUGCGAGAGCAUGAUGGGUUUCAGGGCAUCUUGUCCUCAGUAGUAAAUAAAAGCAUGAAAAAAAACUAGGGAGGGUAAAAUAAAAAUGUGAAUGUCAUUUUAUUUUCUGCUCUACUAUUUAGCCGUAGAAUUAUUUUUAAGAACGCACCUGCAUGUUGUUUGGAUAAUGACAUGGCUGUCGACAGCAAGUCCUCGUGAUUACAUCUUGAAACAUUCAGUUACAAGUUAGUUGGUAGUACGGAUACAGUGUGUAUGUUAUGUGGGUUUGUGUGUAUGCUUGCAGGCACGUCUCAUCCACUUAAGACUUCCACCAAACAAAAGAUUGACACCACAGUGAUUCAGAAUCACAAAUUACAAUUUAAAGUCGGAUGGAGCAAAAAAUGUGCGUGACAGAGGAUUUUAAUGGGAGGAGGCAGUUAUUACUCCUCAGUGACGUUUAGCUUCUGUGAUCCACAUCUUUACCACAUGAGGAAAUAGAUAUAUAGUGUAAUAUUAGUAGCAUUGUUGUUAUGCUGUAUAUUAGGAUUGACUUACAACAUCAUUGAUGUGAUGCAAGUCGAUCUGGUUCAGUGCCAUAUCUGUCUGUCACCAUUGCUUUCAAUUGCCUUAAUCAAAGCUGCUGCUUUGUAAUGCACUGUCAGCAGUUGACAGACCUCAUACUGGCAAGAACAGAGCCAUGAAGCUUUCUGAACUGACCAAGUAUGAAUUUUGCAUUGAAACCGCAUAGUUCUAUAGUGAAAAGUGCUAUUUUAUUACAUUUCAUUGUUUAUUCAAUUACAAAAUCUAUAUUUGUGCAUGUAAUUAAUGGCUUUUUGUUAAUGAAUGCUACUUUAUUUAUGCUUAAUUGAUUUGUUUCCUAUGCAUACACCUGUUUGUAACAGACCACCUCAAUAUUGCUGGUCUGUUUUAGCACCUUUAGGUUUUAAAAGAAAAUGUUCUGCCGCUGAUUUUUUUUCUCAUGAAUAUGAAAUAAAAUAAAGCAUUGUCUAAAGAUGUGCCUGUGGGCAUGUGUCGGCAGUAUAUAUAAAAGCAUGGAUGAGCGGGAGUGUUUGCCUGUGUUUCAGCUGAAAGAAGCCAAGCUCUGUUCAUAUUCGUUAGAUGGUCAUAUUGUAAUUCAAAAUCCCCCCCACCGCCCGACUGUCCACCCGCCCAAAACCACUCCCCCAGAAGCCACAGUCUGACCUACUGAACAAAUCGUUUCCUGUGUUUAUAAGUAUGUUUGUGUAACUUCCUGUGGGUUUUGUGUGGUCCUGUCUUUUGUUCCAACAAGAUGUUAUUAUUUGUUUCAACACUGGUAAAAAAAAAAAAAACUCCACCAAUCCACUAAAACCUGAGACUGGAAAUCAUAUGAAUAUUACUAGAGUUCUGUUAGAGAAAAUACACCAUUCUUAACAUUUUGAUUAAAUUGUUCAAAUAGUACUUUGGGUACUUGGUUCAUGCAAGAAGUAGUGCGCCCAAACAAUUUAGAGUUGCCUACAGUACUAAACAUUACUACUGGCACCCUGCAUUAUAAGAAACUGUUGGCUAUGCUAUUGAGAGUGGGUUGGGUUUUGCCUCUUUGUCUACAAUCUAUAGUCCCUGUCUGUGUCUAUGUGGUAGUCAGUUUGUGCUCUGUCCUGGAGGUGACCAUCUGGUUUCUCUGAACAACGAUAUUAUUAUUGAACACUGUGAGCCUCUCAGACAAAGAAAGAAAGAAAGAAAACCUGUCCAUGAGAGUUUAGGAGUCCAAGCCAUGACAACACGUUGAGAAAUACUCUUUCAGAGGUUGUAACCCCACCAAUACAAACCCAGAUGGGGGAUUUCAAACCAGUGCGAUCCCAUCAGCUUCAUCCACUCAUCAAUGGUUUUGGUUAAUUCACUGAAUGAAUCUAAAGAAAAAAAAUGUAUUUUUUUUCCUGCUGAGAUGUUGUACAAAGAAUAUUUAACAAUAAACUUU